CCUCUCUCUCUUUCUCUUGUCUCUGUUUCUGUUUCUGUUUCUGUUUCUGUUUUUCUCUAACACAAACAGAAAUACUUCUUAUUCAUUUUCUUUCAAGUACUAAUAAAGUAAUUAAACCAACUCAAAUGGCGAAAGGUGGCAAGCUGAUGAAACUCAAGUCAGUACUCAAGAAACUCAACUCCUUCAACAAACAAAGUGGCGCACGUCCCAGCAUGAGCUCCAUAGUCGCAACCUCAGACGAUUCCUGCGCCAACUCCGGUGAUCUUCACCCUGUUUAUGUCGGAAAAUCUCGGAGACGAUAUCUCAUCAGCUCCGACAUUAUUGAUCACCCGCUUUUCAAGGAGCUGGCUGAGCGAUCAAACGAUUCAUCCGACACGAUAAAUGUGUCGUGCGAGGUUGUGUUGUUUGAGCACUUGCUUUGGAUGCUGGAAAAUGCGGAUCCACAGCCCGAGUCUUUAGAUGAACUCGUCGAGUUCUACGCUUGUUGACUGUUCAAGGUGCAUGGUACGGUGAAAAAAAAUUACGUGACGGUUAAAUAUUAAUAACGGUGAGUGAAGUGAUUGCGUGAGGUCACUUGCAUGGUAUAAAGUUGUAAAUGAUGAUGUGAUUUUAAUAAUUAUGAUUACCAGUGUAAGUAGAGGAUUAAAGAUAGUAGGGAGAGGAAAAGAGAAGAUCAACGGAAUAAUUAAUGUUUGUGAUUGAUGAGAGGAACUCGUUGCCUUCAACGGUGAGGAUUAACCCAUUGUACACCAGCUAAUCGCUAGGCCUGGUGAUCAGAGAUCGGUAUUGUACUUAUCGCUACUGUCAUUGUUUAUUUAUUUUUUCCAAAAUAUAUGUAUGGUUCUUUUUUUUUUCC